ACGAUGCUCUCACAGCCGGCACGUCUACUGCGCAUGUUCGGACACGCCUCCCGAGCGCCACCGGAGACUGGCAUAGCAUUAGCUUUAACGUUACAUUGAUGUUAAUCGUAGCUUCUGGUCGGCGGUUUAGGGGUGGCAUGUAGUAACGUCGGGCCGAAAAGAAGCUUAAGUCCGAAAUCCGAAGAUCGGACGCGGCCCUACCGACGCCUGGGAAGAGUGUUUGAAGUGCGGCCGGAGCCGAGACGAAGCCGCCUGGGGUGUCCCCAACCUCACGGCAGCAUCGCCACAGCGUUUAACAGGAAUGAACGCUCGGCGGGGUCUCGGCACAAGGACCAGUGUGCGAUCGCUGCCGGCAGUCCCGGUGGGCGCGUGUGAGCUGUGACUCGGCCCGGCUCGGGGCUUUUCGGCGCGUCUGACGGGACCGCGCCUCGGUCUGCCUGAUGCCGGGGCAGCGAGCUACGCGCUGCUGCCGGGGACUCGCCAAGCCUCCGCCACCCUCCUGAUCCCUGUAGCACCCGCCCCACCAUGGAUCGAGCACCAGGAAACGGACCCCAGCCAGACUCCCAGGGCGCCCCGCAGGCCGGCGACUUCAGCCCAGAUAAAUACGGUUUCGUAGGCGGGCCGCAGCAGACCUCAAACUAUGUAAACAAGGCAACGUGAGUGAAACAUGGUGCAAUCUGCACUGCGCCCACGAACGCCCUGCUCCGAUCAGCUGGAUCACGCAGCCGGACUUCGCUGGUCCCAGGGCCGGGAGAGGUUCUGGUCCUGUCCGGCUGUGCACAGCCAACCCAAGACGUCCCCCCAGAGGUGCUGCGUCAGCGUGAGGCCAAGUGGCUGGACAUGCUUAAUCACUGGGAUAAGUGGAUGUCCAAGAGGCACCGCAAGGUGAAGGUGCGCUGUCAGAAGGGAAUCCCACCCUCACUGCGUGGACGUGCCUGGCUUUACCUGUCUGGGGCCAAAGUGAAGCGUGAGCAGAACUCGGGCAAGUUUCAGGAGCUGGAUGCGCUGCCGGGGGACCCGGCGUGGCUGGACGUCAUCGAGCGGGACCUGCACAGACAGUUUCCCUUUCAUGAGAUGUUCAUGGCACGUGGCGGUCACGGCCAGCAGGACCUGAACCGCGUCCUCAAGGCCUACACCCUGUACCGGCCGGACGAGGGCUACUGCCAGGCACAGGCUCCUGUCGCUGCUGUGCUGCUCAUGCACAUGCCCGCCGAAGAUGCAUUCUGGGGCCUGGUUCAGAUCUGUGAGAAGUACCUUCCUGGAUACUACAGCGCUGGAUUGGAGGCGAUCCAGUUGGAUGGAGAGAUCCUGUUCGGGCUGCUUCGCCGCCUCUCCCCUGUAGCUCACCGACACCUGAAGAAACACAAGCUGGAGCCCGUCCUGUACAUGACUGAGUGGUUCAUGUGCGCCUUCUCGCGUACGCUGCCCUGGGCGUCCGUGCUCCGUAUCUGGGACAUGUUCUUCUGCGAGGGGGUGAAGAUCAUUUUCCGGGUGGCGUUGGUCUUGCUGCGGAGCAUGCUGGGAACGCCAGAGAAGCUGAAGGCAUGUCCGGGCCAGUAUGAAACCAUGGAGCUGCUUCGUGCCCUAGACCCACGCUACAUGCAGGACUCCUUCCUCGUCCAGCAGGUCCUGGAGCUUCCCGUGUCCGAGCGGGAUGUCGAGAAGGAGCAUCAGGUCCAGCUGCGCCGCUGGAAGGAGACGCAUGGCGAGCUGCACUGCAGGUCCCCCCCCCGGCUGCACGGUGCCCGGGCUAUCAUGGCGGCCGAGCCUCCAAGCCGGCAGCACCUGCAGCAGCAGCCCACAAUCGUCAUGGGGGUGCCUCAGCCCGCUUCCAAGCCCCCAGCUCUCCCUGAGGGAGAUGGUGAGCCCCAUCCCAUCCUAAGGAAGACGGGGCUGCGGGGCUCUGACCUGAGCCUGAGCAGCAGCGAGCAGGACACCUACCUGUAGUUGCACCUACUGCCGCCCAGCUGGUGGCAUGUGGGAUUGCAACUGGGAACCACUGAGGCAGCAGAUCUGGGACCGCUACUACAUUCCUGCAGAACUGAUCCCCCUCCACAUGCCAUGCUUUAACCUAGAAGAGCUGCCGACAUGGGGCACGGUCGGGAUCUAAGCCUGUUGGUUCUGGCCACUGGAACUGGGGAGGGAGGGCAGCAGAUAACUUUGAUAUGUGGCUGAAUCACCGAGGGUUUUGCUUUAGCAAGUAUGACUGCAGGAGGAGCUCUGGACAACGUGUUGUCUGCUUCUUUGCUGUAGCACUAGGGGGAGCCAUUUAGCCAUAUCUGUUUCUGGUGCAUUUCUGACAGCUCCAGAACACAAAGUGAUCUUCAGUGAGAAUCUUUUUGUAUUGACUUUUAUUAUACAGUGCAACACAUAAGCUUCCUAUCUGCCAGAUAAUACCUAGCUUUAUGGGUAGCCGAUGGCAGGUCGCGCUCCCCCACGGCCGACCCCGGGGCCGCGCUCCCCCACGGCCGACCCCGGGGCCGCGCUCCCCCACUGCCGAUCCCGGGCUUGUGAAGGGGUUGUGGGGAACGUUCCAAUGUAAUUGUCCACCUGUUGUCCACUUGUAAGCACGUUAUUCUGGCUCCCCGCUCCCUCGCAGCCAGGGAACCUGCACUGAAACAUGCCCGAAUGGAACGCGCCCGAAUGGAAUGCGCCCGAAGCCCACGUCCGCAUAUGCAUCCCCCCCUGCUUGCCGUGUCCUAAGCGUAACCCUGGCUUUCGCUCCAGCUAAUGCCAACACUGACCUCCACGGUUACUCCACACUAACUUCCGAGGGUGCACACUAACCUUCAGGUCUGCCUAGUGCUCAGAGCGUGCGAGUGGCUCGUUCCCACGGCGUAGCCGGGGCAGGUGGGCUCGGGGGCGUCAUGGCCGGCUCUUCGCUGGAGACGGAUGUCCUGACCGGAGAGGCGACAUAAAAGGGCUCUUUAUCCUUGGUCUGGGGCUCAUUCACUCGCACGCCGUUUAGUCGUAGAGCUGCCUCCUCUUUCACUCGAGGGUGUGAUGAAUGGCCGUGCCAGACGCAUGCUCGGAGAGAGCGGCAUUGCAAAGACCUCGUUUUUCUACUUUUGUAACAAUUGCAAUAACUUUUUUAACCUGGGGAUAAAAACACAAUGAUGUACUCGAUGCUGUUCCUGUGCACAGGAACCUUGUAUGUGCUCAAAUAAAAACCAUUAGCACCAUC